AUGGACGCCUUGACACAAAGCUCAAUUCCUUAUAUUGGCAAUUUCGGAUCUUCGUUUUCUGUGAUGGCGACUGGCAUUACAGCGCCUCGAAAGAUGAGUUGCUUCUCAGUGCAGGGAGAUGAGUACAUUCAAGUGAUCAAACGAGACGAAAUCCGAUCGGACUGUGUGGUUCAGCAGCUGUUCGACCUGCUCAACCAGCUUCUGCGCGAGGUUCAGAAUGAUCCCAAGCUCGUAUCGAAGAAAGUCGACCAGAUUCUUCUUCGCACGUAUAAAGUCGUCAGCAUCACUUCCGAUAUUGGAGUUUUGGAAUAUGUCAGACACUCUCUAACCAUUCGAGAUUAUUUGGUUGAUGACUCGUUGUGUCUGAUGUUGUUUUUGAUCCGUAGGCAGAGCACGAAGAAGCGAUCUGCACAUCGUCGUUAUCAUCCGGGAGAGAUCGAAAAUGGAACGAUUCUGAAGAAGUUCGAGAAGAUCGGGAAGCAGGACAAGCAGCAACGUCUCGAGCUUUACCAGUCGAUCACGAAACAGUUCACUCCGGUGUUCCACUACUUCUUUCUGGAGCGAUUUGUGCAUCCAGAAUUGUGGUACCACAACAUCCAAAACUUCAUUUCCACGCUCAGCAUUAACAGCAUCAUUGGGUAUAUAGUGGGAUUGGGAGAUCGCCAUUUGCGGAACAUCAUGAUUGACCAGAAGACCGGCCAGCUCAUUCAUAUCGACUUCGGGAUUCUGUUCGAAAAGGGAAGACUGCUGAGCGUUCCGGAGACGGUUCCCUUCCGCCUGACGCGUGAGUUUGUGGAUUGUUUGGGCAUGGAGGGCGUGGAUGGUUUGCUGCGGCAGCAAAUGGAGUUCUGUAUGGAUUUGAUAUGCAAGAACAAGGAGCUGAUUCUCACGAUUCUGCGCGUUUUCCUGCACGAUCCGCUGAAUCUGUGGAAGGUGCAGCCGAAUCGAUACGAAAACCGAAUGGUGGAGGAUGUGAACACCAGUGCGACGCAGGUGUUGUUUAAAAUCGAGAACAAGAUAAUGCGGCGCGGCGUACAAACCACCGAAUCGAUCUCUGUCGAGAAGCAGGUGGACGUCCUAAUCAAGAUGGCGACGAACGAGAACAACCUGGCUCUCAUGUAUCAUGGGUGGGGCGCUUGGCUCUGUCGUGUUUGUUAA